GUGUAGUUUGACCUUCGUCGGGUGCCGUAGUGAAGUGUUUAUACGCUGUCCCCUUUGCAGAGUGACGAAACCUCAAAAUGAGGGAGCCUAGUGGUGAAAUUGAGCUUAAAUGAACAUACCACUCAUUUCAUUUUCUUCGGACAUUUGGUAGCGUAUUAAAAGAACCCGACUAUAUUAGAUUCAACCCCGAAAUGUCAGUUGGGGUGAAGACGAAGAAGUUUGUGGUCGUCGGCGGUGGCAUUGCCGGUGUAACGUGUGCUGAACAGCUUGCGUCACAGUUUCCGUCGGAUGAGAUCGUUCUCGUCACCGCCGCUCCCUUAAUAAAGGCGGUUACCAACUUCAAACAGAUCUCCAGGACGCUCGAAGAUUUUAAUGUUGAAGAACAGCCAAUUAGUGUCUUAGAAGAAAAGCAUCCAAACUUGAAAGUGGCCCAGUCUGCUGUAAGAAAGCUACAAGGAGCGCAACAUACACUACAGACCGAAGAUGGCAGAGAGUUCCACUAUGACAAACUGUGUAUCUGCAGCGGUGGGCGGCCCAAGCUGCUGACUGAGGACAACCCCUAUGUGCUGGGCAUCAGAGAUACUGACAGCGCCCAGGAUUUUCAGAAGCGUUUGUCAAAAGCAAAGCGAAUAAUUGUUGUUGGAAACGGAGGAAUUGCUUUGGAGCUCGUGCAUGAGGUGGAGGGCUGUGAGGUCAUUUGGGUGAUCAAGGACAAAGCCAUUGGGAAUACCUUCUUCGACGCCGGUGCCGCGCAGUUCCUCGUCCCCUCCUUGGAGGCGGACAAGGCAGAACGGGCUGGCCCCUGCAAGAGGACCCGCUACACCACCGAGGAUGCCUUACCUACCUACAGCCGAGCAGGUGUUCAAGGAGAGCCAUCCAUUCCAACCACGGGCAGUGCUCUAGGGCCAGACUGGCAUGCAGAUAUGACGCUCCAGGGAGCCCAGCAGGUGUCCCACAAAGUCCAUGUGGAGUACCAGUGUGAGGUGCAGAUUAUCUACACCCGUGAGGAGCACCUGCAGCAAGCAUCGGGACAGUCACCUGAGACCUGCUCCACGCCACCGGCAAACUCGGGCCCGUGGCCGGUGUUUGUCCAGUUGACAAAUGGCAAGACCUACGGCUGUGACUUCAUCGUCAGCGCCACAGGGGUCAUCCCAAACACAGAACCGUUCCUCAGUGGCAACAGUUUUGUAUUGGCGGAGGACCUUGGCCUCAGCGUGGAUGAUCACAUGCGCACUUCAGUGGCAGAUGUGUAUGCAGCUGGGGACGUUUGCACGGCAUGCUGGGAAGCCAGUGCUUUGUGGCAACAGAUGCGUCUGUGGACGCAGGCUCGGCAGAUGGGCUGGCAUGCAGCGCGCUGUAUCGCCGCAGACGUCCUGGAUGAGCCCAUCGAUCUGGACUUCUGCUUCGAACUCUUCACUCACAUCACUAAGUUCUUCAAUUACAAGGUAGUGCUCCUGGGGAAGUUCAACGCCCAGGGCCUGGGCCAGGGCCACGAGCUGCUGGUGCGUUGCUCCCCAGGCACCGAGUACGUCAAGGUGGUGCUGGCCGAGGGCCGCAUGGUAGGCGCCGUCCUCAUCGGGGAAACGGACCUGGAGGAGACCUUUGAGAACCUCAUGCUGAACCGCAUGGACCUGACGGCCUACAAAGACGAGCUGCUCAACCCCAACAUCGACAUCGAGGACUACUUUGACUGAUGUUGUGUCCGUUGCAUAGCGGCCGCUAAUUCUUGUGCAUUAAUUUGGACAUUUCACUCUGGUUUCAAAGAGGAGGAAAAUUUGAUAAAUUACAUCCUUCUUUACAUAAUCAUUUGACAUGUAAAAGUACAUGGAAAUACACAUUUUAUUCAAAUUAUCAAUUUAGGAUUGGGUUUAGCAGAAAAUCGAUUUCAGACUCGGUUGUGCAUCAGGAACAAUGGACAGUGUAUUACUAUAAUUAUUCUGGAGCAGUGCAAGAACAAAGGCAGAUAAAUAGAGAUAAAGACUGUGUCAAAGUCCUCGCCUAAUAAGGUGUCUUCUCCGUGUGCUGACUCGUGUCCACAGGCUCCGUACGGACUUUGCAAAGGAUGAGCCCCAGGGCAGCCGCAGGCUUCUCAGGGGUCCCUUGGUACAGGUUACUAUGGCAGAGUCAGUGUCGUUUAAGUGCUCAUGGGAGACGUAGUUGAUUCGCUGCAGCUGCCUGCCAUAGUAGCUGCGCAGGUGACAAAGCUCCUCCACAGCAGCAGCAGAAAUGAUGGAUCCCUCUGAAGGAGCACUGACUAUUGCUGACCCCUGGUGGACGGGAGGGCUGCCUGAACUAUCCGUUGCUCCAGUUGCUGGCUGUCUCUGCUUUUUUUUAGCUGUUGUCGACUUACGUUUCCCAUUGCUUUGAAACAGCACAGGCCCCCUGCCAGCUGUACCUUCUUGCUCAUCGCUGUGUUUUACGGCCUGAUUCUGCUGGUUCUUGGAUUUCUUGGUGAAUUUGUCGUUUCCAUGUGAAAUGCAGUCUCCGCUAGACGGAGACGGGGGAGUGUGCAGUCCGGACGGCGAUCCGGCCUCCUGUAGACGAAGAGCGAUGAUCAGUUGGGAUCCGGGGUUUGAGAGAUACUUCACCCUCCACCCGGUCCAUAAUGGCAGGACCGCACUGGGCCGUAUCGCGUCCAGAGGGAGCGUACAGCGCAGUAACAUGGUUAGUAUAAUAAGCAAAAGUGGUUAGUGAGUUAAUGGUCAGACCAGUGCAGAUGAAUGAGUUAAUGGUCAGACCCGUACAAAAGAACGUCAACAAAUCAACAGGGUGUUAUGCGAUGAGAUUAGUGCAAUCAAUCAGGACUGUUAGUACGUUACCCAUGAAUGGACACUUGCAUAUGGAACUAUGCCUGAGCAGUUUAUGGAUACAUGUUCUGGGCAGGACACGUAGUUAAGCGACCCCCUUGUUGGCAAGCUGUUAGAUGGUAUCCCAUCAUGCAAUGUCCAUGGAGAAAUACAAGUAGCAGAACUGUACUUUUUUUUUAAGGUCUCCUCUUGGGCGAAUCAGAGAACAUCGUCCUUCGCUUUCUUGGCCACGGGGUCUCGGGCCUUGUCUCCAGGCCGCUUUCGUCCUUUGGGCUUUACCUGUGCUCUAUUCCUAUCUCCACUUCCCUGGGACUCGCGGUCUGCCUGUUGGUCAUUAAUUCAUUAACAACAUCAGUGGGGUACCUGAGAUGACAGCAGCACCAGGUCACUGGCAAGACAUCCGGAGGGGAAAAAAAAAACGUUACACUGCAGCAUUUGGGAAGCAAGAGGAUCAUAAACAGGGAAGUGCCGUCAUGCGUAUUUGACAGCUAAGGCGUAAAAAACCUGUCGUCUUACUCGAAUUUAUUUGUCGAGCCACGAACAGUCAGCCGUCUUAGGAACUGUGCUGGCUUAUGAAUUUGAUAGUACAUGAAGUGCAGUAUGUUAUUCGAAAGCACAGAGAUAAAAACCGGAGUUAAAAAAUUGACGUUUCCUAAAUGUUAGCUUACAAGAGUUAUUCUGGGGUUUCCCCUCCUUCAUUUCCAGUGGCUGACUCCGAACUGGUUGGACAGUAAUUCCGCUUUUGUGAAGAGACAAAAUAGCUAUUGAUUCCAUGGCAGUAAAUGGAAGAGCGCUGACCUGUGUCACUGUGCACGUGACGGCCCCAGAACCAUAAAUCUGACUUAUGAUAUUGAUUCCGUAAUAGAGAAUAAUUAGGUUUUUUGGCAGCACAAAAUUGGUAGGAUGCAAGGUGUGAAAGACUGGCAAUUUGGCCCAGAGCCCUUAUGCAGAAUGAAACUUAACAAAUGUGUCCUAUUGAACCAAAUGUCAGAAUUAUCAAGUCUUUCCAUAGUAUUCAUGUUCCUUAAUGACCCUUAACUGCCAUCCAGCAAAAUAAAGGGCUUCAAAGGCAA